UAUUUUUUUACAAACCAGUGCAUGGAUUACCAGAGAUGGUACUUGAAUGUUUUAUCAAAUGGUGUUUCUUUAAUUUUGCAGAAGCCAAAUUUCUAUUGGACACCGGGCGAGCGAGGCUUCGUGGAGUCGGCCUUUUUCUACGGCUACAUGAUAACUCAAAUCCCUGGGGGAGCCAUUGCUACAAUUUUCCCGGCCAACCGCCUCUUUGGCAUUGCGGUAGGUGGAAGCGCGCUAUGCAAUCUCAUUGUGCCGAUAGCCUGUCGCGGAUCCUAUGGUGUCGUUGCUUUUAUUCGUGUCCUUCAAGGGCUUGUUGAAGGCGUCUCGUACCCCGCGUGCCAUGGCAUCUGGCGCUACUGGGCCCCGCCCAUAGAGCGCUCCCGACUGGCCACCAUCGCCUUCUGUGGAUCCUAUGCCGGUGCCGUGAUGGGUCUUUUUAUGUCUGGCAUUCUCGCACAAUACAUGGGCUGGCAGUCUCCCUUCUACCUUUACGCUAUUCUGGGAUUGAUGUGGUUUGGAAUGUUCUGGAAGACCACCUACGAGAAGCCGUCCACGCAUCCAAAAAUCUCGGCAGAGGAGCGCGAUUACAUUGAGGAAUCCAUUGGCGAGGUCGACCUUCCACCAAGCCUGAAAACCAUUCCGUGGAAGUCGAUCUUUACUUCUAUGCCGGUGUACGCCAUAAUUGUUGCCAACAUUGCUCGAAGCUGGUCCUUCUUCCUACUCAUCAUGAAAUGCCCAAAGUAUUUAAAACAAGUAUUCGAAUGCACCACUGCCGAAUCAGGUGUCCUCUCUUCCGUUCCACAUUUGAUCAUGGCCAUCAUUGUCCCCAUCAGCGGUCAACUGGCGGACAGACUCCGAAAACGGACGCUCACUACGACGGCCGUUCGAAAGAUCUUCAACUGCGGUGGGUUUGGAAUGGAGGCCUUUUUCUUGCUGAUCGUGGCAUUUGCAAAUUCGUACACCACAGCAAUGGUCUCCCUCAUCUUGGCUGUCUCCUUCAGCGGAUUUGCCAUUUCAGGAUACAACGUGAAUCACCUCGACAUUGCGCCGAGGUAUGCAAGUAUUCUAAUGGGCCUUUCCAACGGCAUUGGUACCAUCUCCGGCAUUAUUUGUCCCGUAAUUGUGGAGUAUAUAACCACUCAAGGAUGGAUGUGGGUCUUCAUCAUGGCCAGCUCAAUUCACUUCUUUGGUGUCACCUUCUACGCAAUCUUCGCAUCUGGUGAGAAACAGCACUGGGCAGAAGCUGCAGAAGAUGCACAAAUGAUGGACUGGAGGUCGCCGACUGACGUUCCAGAGAACAUAGUUCGAUCCGGUUACGACUAUGGAACUGAAGAAGGCGGCGACAUAGAGGCAUCCUUACGGCAACCAUUAAAAGAAAAUGCCUCCAGAAACAACGAUGUGCACAAUAGUAACCCAUCAAGGACGUUCAUGACACAGACAUUUAGGGCGAGUAAUCGGUCGGAGGCUGAAGAUGAUGCUUAUCACCAAGCUUACUGA